GAGACGAGUGUUGCGGCCCAGCGCGGCGGCUGCGGGCAGAGGCCGCGGGCUCCUGGCGAUGUCGUUCCGUGAGCUCCGCGAUUUUACUGAGAUGAUGAGGGCAUUGGGGUAUCCCCGACUCAUAUCUAUGGAGAAUUUCCAUACCCCAAACUUCAUGCUUGUUUCUGAAGUGCUCUUCUGGCUAGUGAAAAGGUAUGAACCUCAGACUGAUAUUCCUCCUGAUGUGGAGACAGAGCAGGACCGGGUUUUCUUCAUUAAGGCAGUGGCUCAGUUCAUGGCUACCAAAGCUCACAUAAAGCUCAACACUAAGAAGCUUUACCAGGCAGAUGGCUAUGCAGUGAAGGAACUGCUAAAGAUCACCUCUGUGCUCUAUGAUGCUAUGAAUACCAAGGGAAUGGAACACAUGGAUUUGAGUGAGGAAGACAGCAGCAAGUUCAAGUUUGAUCUUGGCUCAAAAAUUGCUGACUUGAAGGCAGCUAGACAACUUGCUUCUGAAAUCACCUCCAAAGGAGCAAGUAUGUAUGACUUACUUGGCAAAGAAGUCGAACUAAGGGAAGCAAGAACAGAAUCUAUUGCUAGACCUUUGGAGAUAAAUGAGGCUGAGAAGGUGAUGAAAAUCGCCAUUAACUGUGUUAUGGAACAAGUCCAAAAGACUAAAGAUAUGUUGAAUAAUGUGGCUUUGGAUGAAGCGAAUUUGGAAGCCAAGAUUGAAAAACGGAAAUUGGAACUGGAAAGAAGCCAAAAGAGGCUCCAGACUCUACAAAGUGUGCGUCCUGCUUUUAUGGAUGAGUAUGAGAAGAUUGAGGAGCAACUGCAGAAACAGUACAGUAGUUACCUAGAAAAAUUCCGUAACCUGACCUACCUGGAACAGCUCCUGGACGAUCAUCGACGGACAGAGCAAGAAAUGUUUGAGGAAACAGCAAACAUGCUCCGUCUUAUGCAGAACAGGCUGAAGGAAGAGGAACAGCUCCUGCUUAAAGGUGCAACUAAUGACGAUUCUGAUGUAGAGAUUCAAGACGAUGAUAGAUCCGACAGUGAAAUGCAAGACAGGCAGACCAGAAAGCAGCACACUGCCACGGGAACACUGCUGCAAGGAAGAGCUGGCGUAUGGAUUGUGGGAACAAUGCAAGGUGGAGAUACAGAGGAAGAUGAGGACUCGGGGGAUAGUGAGAUUGACCUGGAUGAAGAUGAAGAGGAUGAUGAUGUGGAAGACAAAAGCAUAGAAAUCUCACCGAGAAAAUUUGUUCUCCGAGCAAGGAAGCCAGAGCCACUGGAGGAAACUGAUAAUGACUUCUGAGCCUGUAGUAGUAGGACCAGAAGACAUCUUGAAAUACAGACUUUGGAGAGCAUACAAGCCAGGAGCUAAUAUCCUACCAUCUUUUCAGCAUGAAUUCAGGGGUCUUUAAAUAGUGUUCAUUAAACUUGAAAAUGAAACUUG